AUGAACGUGAACCACACGCGCGACUUCAACUUCUCAUUCCCAGCCGCCAGCAAUGCUACCACCGUCGACUGCGGCUCAGAUUCGGUCAUAAAAUGGGCGCUUCGCAUCAUCAACUGCAUCGUGCUGCUUGUGGGGCUUGUCGGUAAUGCCAUCGUUUGCACAGCGGUCAUACGCCGCAAACGCAUGCGCACAAGCAUCAACCUCUUCACCUUCAAUCUAGCGUUCUCGGACUUGAUCAUCAUUGUGAUAUACGUGCCCUCGCAGAUCAUCGCGCUGGAGAACUGCCAGCGAUGGGUUCUGGGUACUUUCAUGUGUCACGUAGUCUACCUAGUAUUACCUAUUUGCGUGUCAACGUCCAUUGGUAGUCUGCUGACCAUAUCGUGCGACCGAUACCGCGCGAUCGUGUACCCUAUGAAGCCUAAGCUCACUAUGAACAAGGUGAAGAUCAUUAUAGGGCUCAUAUGGUUUGUGUCGGCGUUGACGGCGUUACCCCUCGCGCUAGUGGUCACAACUUUCAGACCCGCACCCCACGUGACCUACUGUACGGAGUUCUGGCGUGACGCAUCAUGGGGCGUACUCUACUGGGUGGCGAUCUUCAUCCUCCAGUACCUCGUCCCGCUGAUUAUCAUCGUGUCUCAGGCGGCGGUGAUCGCGGUCAAGCUGCGCAAGUCACGCAUUCCCAUGCUGAGUUCCAGCAGCGAGACUUUGUACAAGAAGACACUGAGGACACGCAUCAAGCAGACGCGCAAGAUCACCAAGAUGUACAUCGCGCUAGUGCUGCUUUACGCGAUUUGUCUACUGCCCCAGCACGUGGUUGCCACUUUCUGGUAUAAUUUCGGGGACUUUAUGGAGUAUAGUCCGAAAACGCGGGACCUCAUCUACCAAAUCGUGAAUAUCUUCCCGAUGGCGAACAGCGCGUUUAAUGCCAUCGCGUAUGGGACCCUUAAUAAGGAGUUCAAAGGGAUCUUCAAGAUUGUUCUUCACCCGAAGUCUUGCGUGGGGCGGUCGGGGCUCGGCGCGCUAGACAAGCUUCACUUUGAACACAGCGACACUGCGCAUGUCAUGACUAGUCACAGGCGGGACAAACAUCAACGGACUUUGCUGACAGCAGAGGAAAAUGGGAAUUAAGGGAGGGGGGUCCAAAUGGCAUCCGUAAACGUCAACGGAGUUUGAUGACAGCAAAGGAAAAAGGAAUAUAAAAAGAUGGUAAUAGAGCAGGGGUGUAACCUGGCAGAGGGCAGGAGUCCCACCCUCAGAGGGGGUACUGAUAUUCACCCCCCCCCCCCCCCCCCCCUUAUUGCUUAUUACCACGAUGGAUAAAAAUACUUUCAAAAUACUUUCCGGUGUAAGGGACAGCACGAGAAUUGUUAUUUCAGAGAAACAAACUUCGAAGAGAUUAUCAGCAGUAAAAUGUUACGUGGAUAUAUUGAAGAGAACUAUAACUGGAGGAAAAAAAACUCGUUACUUUUGCGAGAAUCGCUUUAGACUAGAGAAACUUGCGUCAAAUCAAUUUCACGAAAACCCGCUAAACAAAUAGCACCUAGACAAGCAGACAAGUGACAAAAUACGAGCAGUUCCAUCAACAAUUAUUUUCCGACCGUACAAGUAAUGUUAUGAUGCUAAGGUUUACUCAUCAAAAAUACAAUAAGGAAUUCUUACGCAUUGAUAUUGUACAUAUUAAGAGCAAUGCAUUCAACCAUAAGGGCGAGAGCUCUAACACAGUGCAUAUUAAAAAUAAAUUAUAACGGAAA